AUGUUCUGCUUUAGCACACCUAUCAACCCACAGAAUCCUCCCGCAAUCCCUUUCAACAUGGCCAACUCUUAUCCACCGUUUGAGCAGUUCGCUCCUGGACUAAACGCAGCUGUCGUCAAGCCAUCAAUAGGCACAGUUCCUCCUGUGAUCAUACCGGGUUGCUGUUCCGUUGCGGUCCAAGGAAACCAGGCGAUUACGGCAUGCAACUGUAAACAAGCAAGCGGUAGCACAUGCAUAUUGGACGACUCAUGCACGAUCUUCAACAGGACGUUACCUACAGGGACGACGACAUGCGACAGUGCGAAGCUACCCCAUUACAGCCUCAAGUCAGCGUGA